AUGCCUUUGGCUCGGAGUCUUGUCACCUUUCUUGGGAGAAACCUCGCCUCCCUUGGUGCUCACUUUUCGGCGCUUUCCCAGAGAAUGCUUUUGGGGAAGUUAGAAAUACUGAGAAUGAUGGACCUGAGGGUCGUGGUUCUCAAGGCCGAAGACCUGCUGAGGAUUUUAGUCAACAG